AUGGCGCCACAGGACAUCUUGACCCCCUGCUGGAUAUUUCCAAUGAAUUUCUCCAGUUCUGGCUCUAAUUCGACUCCCGUGGUGGUAAGGGACGAUCUGAAGACUGCAAUUGUGAAAAAUGUCAUCACUGUGAUUCUCUGUCUCUCCAUCAACUACAUUAAUGCAACUCUGGUUUAUAUUUUUAUGAAGCAUGAGAUAUUCAAAAUGAAUCCUCGCUACAUCCUCUACAUCCACCUGGUCAUCAACGACAUCAUCCUGAUGACACUGCUGACCCUCAUCCAAGUGUUGCUCUACAUUGUUUACACGUUCCAUGUGUGGUUGUGCAUUCUUUUUCAUCUGUUUUCUGUACCUAUUAAUUUAAACAACCCUAUGACUCUUGCCUUCAUGGCCAUUGAGUGCUAUGUUGCUGUCUGCUUCCCUCUGCGACACUCAAAGAUCAUUACAGUUAAGAAAACAUACAUUGCCAUCGCCUUCAUUUGGCUGAUAAGUGCACAGUCUGUUCUUCCAGAUCUCUUUGUUGCUUUAGCCACAGAACGUCUUGACUAUUUUCAGUUUCAAGUGUUCUGUCAAAGGAAAUAUAUUUUCCGAAAUCCUGUCAUAGAGAAGAAAGAAACUAUCUUUAAUGCUGUAUUAAUGGCCAUUGUGUGGCUGACUCUUAUCUACACAUAUUUCAAAAUACUGUUCACAGCAAAAUCAGCUUCAGCUGAUGCCAAAAAGGCCAGAAACACAGUCCUGCUUCACAGCUUCCAGUUAAUGCUCUCCAUGCUCACAUAUUUGUAUACUGCACUUAUAACAGGAUUGAUAUUUUUAUUCCCUCAGAGUGCGUCUAAUGUUCGCUUUGUUGUAACCAUUAUAGCCAAUGUGAUGCCACGGCUAGUCAGUCCACUUGUUUAUGGGAUACGAGAUAAAACCUUUAGGAAAUAUUUGAAGAUUUAUUUUUUUUUGUGGGAAAAAAGUAAAUGA